UCCGUCCAUCCCUCAAAAUAUAUUAAUAAGACACAGAAGUAGGUAGACAGACAGACAGACAGACACACACACAAAUCUAAAGAGAAAAAAUGGCAAACAGUGGUGAAGGUAAAGUGGUGUGUGUAACAGGAGCAUCCGGUUACAUCGCUUCUUGGCUUGUCAAGUUCCUCCUUAGCCGUGGCUACACCGUCAAGGCAUCCGUCCGCGACCCCAGUGAUCCGAAAAAGACACAACACUUGGUUUCGUUGGAAGGUGCAAAGGAGAGACUUCACUUGUUCAAAGCAGAUCUUUUGGAACAAGGAUCGUUCGACUCUGCUGUUGAUGGAUGCGAAGGUGUUUUCCACACUGCCUCCCCGUUUUAUCAUGAUGUCAAAGACCCGCAGGCUGAACUUAUUGAACCUGCUGUCAAGGGAACACUUAACGUUUUGAACUCGUGCACCAAAGCAUCUUCUGUCAAAAGGGUUGUUGUUACCUCCUCCAUGGCAGCCGUUGCUUACAAUGGUAAACCACGCACACCUGAUGUGACCGUCGAUGAAACUUGGUUUUCUGAUCCCGAGAUUUGCAAGACUUCAAAGAUGUGGUAUGUUCUCUCCAAGACUUUGGCCGAAGAUGCUGCUUGGAAAUUCGCUAAAGAGAAAGGCUUGGACGUUGUAAUGAUCAACCCGGCAAUGGUGAUCGGUCCUCUCUUGCAGCCAACUCUGAACACGAGUGCUGCUGCUAUACUAAACUUUAUAAAUGGUGCAAAGACAUUUUCCAACGCAACCUUUGGAUGGGUUAACGUAAAGGACGUAGCCAAUGCACACAUCCAAGCAUAUGAGAUCCCUUCAGCUAACGGACGUUACUGUAUGGUGGAGAGAGUUCUUCACCACUCUGAGAUUGUGAACAUUCUGCGUCAGCUUUACCCAAAUCUCCAACUCCCUGAAAUGUGUGCGGAUGAGAAUCCGUAUGUUCCGACUUAUCAAGUGUCCAAGGAGAAAAUAAAGAGCCUUGGCAUUGACUACAUACCCUUGGAAGUUAGCAUCAAGGAGACAGUUGAGUCCUUGAAGGAGAAAGGUUUCAUUAACGUCUGAGAAUGCAUUUGAACCAACCGGAUACAAACAUCGUACUUUGGUGGUGUUUUUAUUAGUAUGUUUUUGUUGGUUCCAUCAAAACUUAUAAUAAAUUAAGCAAUAACCUUUGUAAUGUCGCGACAUUUCUUUCAGUUUAUUACAAUUGAUUUCAUCA